AUGGUCACUUUCGUUUCUUUCUUCUUGAUGCUGAAGCUUUCUAGGCUCCAGUGCAAUUUAGAUAUGCCAAGGUGUUUGAUAUCCUUGACAGACAAUGUAUACCAGGAUGGAGACAUGGUGAUCAAUGUGUUCUUGCCCCUGUAUACCUAUCAAACGAAACGCACUGAAGGGCCAGAGAACACAGACAUUCAUCCAUGGAUCAGUCCCAACAACUACCAAUUUGUGAUAGCUUUGAAAUUUGCCAUCAAGGAGAUCAAUACAAAUGCCCUCAUUUUACCUAACAUGUCUCUGGGAUACAGUAUUUACAGUGCUGGGACAAGUCAAGAGGAUACAAUGAUAAGUUUCCUCAUUUGGCUCACAGGGCAGGUCAAAACCUUGCCAAACUACAACUGCAAAAGUGAUGAAAAAUCUGUGGCUGUAUUCACAGGAACAACAUGGGAAAUUUCCUCCAUAAUUGGGACAUUGCUGGGACUAUAUAAACAUCCACAGCUCACCUUUGGACAUUUUGAACCAAAUAUGAAUGAUCCUGGGAAGUUUCCAUCUCUGUAUCAGAUGGCCUCCAAGGUCUCUUCUCUGGCCUUAGGCAUGGUCUCAUUAAUUACCCAUUUCAGGUGGAAUUGGGUUGGGUUGGUCAUCUCAGAUGAUGAGAAAGGUGUUCACUUUGCCUCAGAGUUGAUACCAGAGAUGGAAACAAAUGGAGUUUGUGUGGCUUUCAUGGAAAUGAUCCCGGUUGGCCAUAUGUUCAGUAUGAGAGAAUCUGAUGUCUAUAACAGCCCAAUUGUAAGGAACUCAGUAAAAGUUGUUAUCAUUUAUGGUAACACUGACUCUUCUUUAGGUGUGCUCUUUAGAAGAUGGGAACAUAUAUUUCCAUGGAGAAUCUGGGUCACUUCUUCAAACUGGGAAGUCAUCAGUGCUAUGAGACAUUUUAUUCUUGACUCAUUCCAUGGAACUCUCAUAUUUUCACAACACCAUGGCGAGAUUUCUACUUUUAAAGAGUUUGUAAAGGCUGUGAGCCCUUCUAAAUACCCAGAUGACAUCUUUCUUGCAAGGUUGUGGGAGAUUUACUUUGAUUGUGCAAUAUCUAAUGCUACCUGUAAAUCUUUAAAACAUUGUUCUUCUAGAGGUUCCUUAGAAUUUUUACCUUGGUAUCACUUUGACAUGGCAAUGAGUGAUGGCAGUUACCAGGUAUAUAAUGCUGUGUAUGCUGUGGCCCACACACUUCACAAGAUGCUUAUACAACAAGUAGACAUACAAGGAAUGAAAAAUCAUGGAAAAAUGAAAUUUGCUUCCUGGAAGUUAAACCACCUACUGAAGACCAUUCAAUUCAUGAAUCCAAGUGGAGACCCAGUAACAUUGAAUCCUUCAAAAAAUUUGUAUGUAGAAUAUGACAUUCUGAAUUUCUGGAAUUUUCCACAAGGUCUUGGACAUAAAAUAAAAGUAGGAAUGUUUUCUCCAUAUUUGCCACCUGGUCAACAAUUGUCAUUGUCUGAGGAAAGUAUAGAGUGGAGUACAGGACUGGGACAGACUCCCAUGUCUGUAUGCAGUGAAAGUUGUAGACCUGGAUUCAGAAAAUCUCUUCAGGAUGGCAAGGCUCUAUGUUGCUUUGAUUGCAUCCUCUGCCCAGAAAAUGAAAUCUCCAAUGGAACAGGCAAGUAUAUUGAUCAAUGUAUGAAGUGUGCAGAUAAUCAGUAUGCCAACAUAGAAAGAACUCACUGCCUCCAAAAAACAGUGACAUAUUUGGCUUAUGAAGAUCCCUUGGGGAUAACACUGGCAUGCAUGACCCUGUGCUUUUCUACUAUCACCACACUUGUAUUUGUGAUUUUUGUGAAGUACAGAAAGACUCCUGUUGUGAAGGCCAAUAACAGUACUCUCAGCUACAUACUACUCAUCUCCCUCAACUUCUGCUUUCUUUGCUCCUUUCUCUUCAUUGGUCAGCCCAACACAGCCACCUGCAUUCUGCAGCAGACCACAUUUGGAGUUGCUUUCACAGUGGCUGUAUCUACUAUCUUGGCCAAAACCAUUACAGUAAUCCUGGCCUUCAAGAGCACAACUCCGGGAAGAAGAAUGAGAGGAUUUCUUAGAUCAGGGUCAACCAAAUUUAUUAUCCCCAUUUGCACACUUAUACAAAUUAUCUUCUGUGGAAUCUGGAUGGUAACUUCUCCUCCUUUUGUGGAUGAAGAUGCACAUUCUGAACAUGGUCAGACCAUGAUUGUGUGCAACAAGGGCUCAGCCACAGCUUUCUACUUCAACCUAGGAUACCUUGGGGCUCUGUCCAUAGGGAGCUUCAUAGUAGCUUUCUUGGCCAGGAACCUGCCAGACACUUUCAAUGAAGCCAAGUUUCUGACAUUCAGUAUGCUGGUGUUCUGCAGUGUAUGGAUUGCAUUUCUCCCUGUCUACCAUAGUACUAAUGGGAAUGUUAUGGUGGCUGUGGAAGUCUUCUCCAUCUUGGCCUCUAGUGCAGGGAUAUUAGGCUGUAUUUUUAUCCCCAAGUGUUAUAUUAUUUUUAUGAGACCUGAAAAGUACUCUUUGAAAGUCAUGAGGCACAGCUUUCAAUGGAAAUAA